UGUGUGUGAGAGUGUGUGUGUGUGUGUGUGUGUCCCUCUCCAUAAACUUGGACCGCCGUCGCUUAUUUCAAUCACGUAAGACCCCCUAAUGGCGUUGUCCGACCGCGGGUGUUACGCAUAUCUGUUCAAGCUCUUUCUGACAACGCAGCCUUGUUGAUAUUUGUCUUGACUGUGGAGAGAGAGCCACCACCAUCACCACCACCAUCACCAUCUCCCACCAAAAAGGUGUUGUUGUUGUUGUUGCCUGCGAGAGUUUAAGCACGCCUGCCCGACAUUGCAAAGGGUUAUUAGAUUCAUACAAGUCAGCGAAGUGGUGGGCGAUCUACUGAGCACAGCAGAAGUUCUCAUAUGAUGACUUCAAACAAGACACAUUACCUACCAGCAUCUGUUGGAGUGAGUGGAUAUUAAGACACUUCUGUCUCCAGGAAGAGCGUAGGGCAAAAUGUUCCACCAGGUUAGAAGAGUGAUGACCAUCCUGUUCCUUACUAUGGUUAUUUCAUACUUCAGUUGCAUGAGAGCUGCGCCCCUGAGAGACGCCCCGGGCAUGCGGGGCCACCGGACGGAAGGCUACUUGGGCGCUGCCGCCGCCGCCGCCGCUGCCGCAGCGACGGCCGCACGAGGCCACGGGACUCCACAGGGCGGCAGUGGGCCCGGCCAGCGCGGGGAACUGCCCUCGCUCACAGACACGUUCGAGCAAGUGAUCGAGGAGCUGCUGGAGGUGGAGGGGGAGGCGGCGCAGCUGGGACAGGGGGCUGAUAUGAGCCAGGGAGGCGGGGGCCCUUCCUCUGCGGUCACCGCAGAGAACAAGGAUGUCAACCUGUACGACUCGCGGGUGAUGAUCAGCAACCAAGUGCCUUUGGAGCCGCCCUUGCUCUUUCUCCUGGAGGAAUACAAAAACUAUCUGGAUGCCGCUAAUAUGUCCAUGAGGGUGCGGCGACACUCCGAUCCCUCACGGCGCGGAGAGCUCAGCGUGUGUGACAGUAUUAGCCAGUGGGUGACAGCUGUGGAUAAAAAGACGGCAAUAGACAUGUCUGGGCAGACAGUUACCGUCAUGGAAAAGGUCCCUGUCCCCAAUGGCCAACUGAAGCAAUACUUUUAUGAGACCAAAUGCAACCCCAUGGGGUACACGAAGGACGGCUGCAGAGGAAUAGACAAGCGGCAUUAUAAUUCCCAAUGCAGGACAACCCAGUCCUACGUGCGAGCGCUUACCAUGGAUAGCAAAAAGAAGAUUGGCUGGCGGUUUAUAAGGAUAGACACUUCAUGUGUAUGCACAUUGACCAUUAAAAGAGGGAGAUAGUGUAUAAAAUGUAUAGAUUUUAUUGAAGAGUUUAAAAAAGAGAAUAAAGAGAAAAUAUCUAUUUGUAUAUAUACAUAACAGGGUAAAUUAUUCCGUCAAAUGAAAAUUUUAUGGACUGCAUGUAAAAAAAGAUGAAGUUUAUACAGUAAAAGUGAUACUACAGUCUAUUUAUUGAACAUAUUCAUGACCUUGUAAACAAUUAAAAAAAAUCUGAUCAGUCA